GCUGCUUCCUUUACCUCCCCGUCACCUCGCCACGAACCCCGCGAUUUCCCCUUGUCAGUUUCUUCCUAGCCUGUCUUGGCGGGGUGGAUUGAUGAAUCCAGAUCGCGUGUGAGAGCCUCACCACCGGGAGUUUGAGGAAUUUGCCUCUGGUGUGCAGGGGAAGGGAACAAGUAAGAGAAACUGAGCGAGAGCUCUACCUAUCGACGGAUAUAAGAGAAGUCAAGAGCGUUAGCCAUAAGCAGCCAUACCCACUCAGGCACUAUGAAACGUCUUUGAGAGAGCGCAUUAAAAAAAAAAAAAAAACACCAGCAGCCACUAACCAGGACUUUGCGGAGUCCAGGGAGAGGGGAGAACGAGAGUCCUUAGCACUGAUCUCUUAUAGAAUUAAAGACUUUUUUUUAAGGUUGGCUUCUUUCUUUCUUUUCAUGCGAGAGCUACCAUGAGCUCCUACUUUGUAAAUCCUCUUUUUUCCAAGUACAAAGGCGGCGAGUCCCUGGAACCAACUUACUACGACUGCAGAUUUCCACAAAGUGUGAGCAGAAGCCAUGCGCUCGUGUACGGUCCGGGCACCACGGCUCCCAGCUUCCAACACCCUUCACACCACGUCCAGGAGUUCUUCCAUCACGGAACCUCCAGUAUCUCGAACUCUGGAUACCAGCAAAAUCCCUGCGCCCUGGCGUGCCACGGAGACGCGUCCAAAUUCUAUGGAUACGAAGCCCUACCAAGACAGUCGCUUUAUGGUGCCCAGCAAGAGACGGCCGUGGUUCAAUAUCCUGACUGUAAAUCCUCUUCCAACAGUAACUCUAGCGAGGGACAAGGGCAUUUAAAUCAAAAUUCUUCUCCCAGUCUCAUGUUCCCAUGGAUGAGACCGCACGCUCCCGGAAGGCGCAGUGGCAGGCAGACUUACAGCCGAUAUCAAACCUUGGAGCUAGAGAAAGAAUUCCUCUUCAACCCCUAUUUGACACGGAAGCGGCGCAUUGAGGUCUCUCACGCCCUCGGACUGACAGAGAGACAAGUCAAGAUCUGGUUCCAGAACCGGAGGAUGAAAUGGAAGAAAGAAAACAACAAGGAUAAGCUACCCGGAGCAAGGGACGAGGAGAAGACAGAGGAGGAAACCAACGAGGAAGAGGAAAAAGAAGACGAGGAAAAAGAAGAAAGCAAGGACUGACGUCUCCUUGAAGUCCUCGUUUUAUGGCAGAUGAUAAAUCGAGAUGUUUACGACGGUCAUUCGCUUUUAUAGAGUAUAGAAUGGAGAGACUCACACACAACAGUAACUACCUGUCAAACAGUUGUAGCCCCCCCUUUUUUAUUAUCAUAGUACUUCCCCUACUCUCCCCCCAUAGCAGUGGAUAUUUCUUUAUUUUAUUAUUCACUCUAAUUUUUCUUCCAGUAAAAUAAAUAUAGAACUGGAUUGAUCGCAACCACAUUGAAACCCAGUGUUAUCUCUCUGACUACCAUUUACCCCUACCCC